GGGCCACCCCCCCUCCAGCCUUGAACAUUGUGGGUGUGGCUUCUCCCUAAUGGGACUUUUCCUGCUUCUCUCAGAAGAACUCCCACUAAGGUAUAAAAUAAAGCACUUGGGUCUCUUUCCCGCUUUAGGAGCAGAGAAUUUUCCAGUGAGUGACUCCGAGGAGCUACUACCAUGGCGGGAAAGCCUGUGUUCCAUUAUGAUGAGUCCCGGGGUAGAAUGGAGUCUAUCCGGUGGCUCUUGGCUGCAGCUGGAGUAGAGUAUGAAGAGAAAUUUAUACACACCAAUGAAGACUUGGAGAAGUUAAGAAGUGAUGGAGUUCUGAUGUUCCAACAAGUGCCCAUGGUCGAGGUGGAUGGGAUGAAGCUGGUGCAGACCAGAGCCAUUCUCAACUACUUUUCCAGCAAAUACAACCUCUAUGGGAAGGACAUGAAGGAGAGAGCCCUGAUUGACAUGUAUUCAGAAGGUUUAGCAGACUUGAAUGAGAUUUUUAUUCUCUACCCAUUUGACCCACCUGGGGUCAAAGAAGCAAAUAUUGCCCUGAUGAAAGAGAAAGCAACAAACCGUUACUUUCCUGCCUUUGAAAAGGUGUUAAAGAGCCACGGACAGGACUACCUCGUUGGCAACAAGCUGAGCAAGGCUGAUAUUCACCUGGUUGAAAUGAUCUACAACAUGGAAGAGCUGGAUCCCAACAUUAUAGCCAACUUCCCCCUGCUUCAGGCUCUGAAAACCCGAAUCAGUGACAUGCCCACCAUAAAGAAGUUCCUGCAGCCUGGCAGCCAGAGGCAGCCUCCCGUUGAUGAGAAAAGCAUACUAAAAACAAGGAAGAUUUUCAAGUUUUAAGGAAGAGACAUGGACCCUGCGCUACACCUACAUCCUGAUCCUGAAGACUCUGAGACAAUGAGCUCUCUCACGUAUGCGUAUUAGUGAAACCAUGGGCUCCAGGACACAGAUUAAUGAAAAGUCUUUUACUUAGGGUAGGCUGUGGGAUUGGUUUUCUAAUUUCCUGACUUAACUCUUUCCUGUAAUAAAAAAAAUUAAUACAAAAAUGAA